ACAACACCUCAUUCUACAACUACAACUGGAACAUCGACUACAACAACACGUCAUUCUACAACUACAACUGGAACACCAACUACAACAACAACUCAUUCUACAACUACAACUGGAACACCGACUACAACAACACCUCAUUCUACAACUACAACUGGAACACCAACUACAACAACAACUCAUUCUACAACUACAACUGGAACACCGACUACAACAACACCUCAUUCUACAACUACAACUGGAACACCAACUACAACAACAACUCAUUCUACAACUACAACUGGAACACCGACUACAACAACACCUCAUUCUACAACUACAACUGGAACACCGACUACAACAACAGGUUUUACUAAAACAACGACACCUCAUUCUACAACUACAACUGGAACACCAACUACAACAACAACUCAUUCUACAACCACAACUGGAACACCGACUACAACAACACCUCAUUCUACAACUACAACUGGAACACCAACUACAACAACACCUCAUUCUACAACUACCACUGGAACACCGACUACAACAACAGGUUUUACUAAAACAACGACACCUCAUUCUACAACUACAACUGGAACACCGACUACAACAACACCUCAUUCUACAACUACCACUGUAACACCUACUACAACAACACCUCAUUCUACAACUACAACUGGAACACCAACUACAACAACACCUCAUUCUACAACUACCACUGGAACACCGACUACAACAACAGGUUUUACUAAAACAACAACACCUCAUUCUACAACUACCACUGGAACACCGACUACAACAACACCUCAUUCUACAACUACCACUGGAACACCUACUACAACAACACCUCAUUCUACAACUACAACUGGAACACCGACUACAACAACACCUCAUUCUACAACUACAACUGGAACACCAACUACAACACCAACUCAUUCUACAACUACCACUGGAACACCGACUACAACAACACCUCAUUCUACAACUACAACUGGAACACCAACAACAUCACCAACUCAUUCUACAACUACAACUGGAACACCAACUACAACAACACCUCAUUCUACAACUACAACUGGAACACCAACUACAACAACACCUCAUUCUACAACUACAACUGGAACACCGACUACAACAACACCUCAUUCUACAACUACAACUGGAACACCAACUACAACAACACCUCAUUCUACAACUACAACUGGAACACCAACUACAACAACAGGUUUUACUAAAACAACGACACCUCAUUCUACAACUACAACUGGAACACCAACUACAACAACACCUCAUUCUACAACUACCACUGGAACACCGACUACAACAACAGGUUUUACUAAAACAACGACACCUCAUUCUACAACUACAACUGGAACACCGACUACAACAACACCUCAUUCUACAACUACCACUGUAACACCUACUACAACAACACCUCAUAUUAUUAUUCCUUUUUGCAACUGUUCUAUGGUCACGUCCCUUGGCAACAACACAUAUGAAAUUGUUCCUUAUACUUGUCCACCCAUUCAAAACAUAACUUGCAGCAAUGGAAAGAAACCAGUUCUUGAGUCCCAGUGCUGUCAAAAUUACGCUUGUGAUUGUGAAUGUGAAGGAUGGGGCGAUCAUCAUUACAUUACAUUUGAUGGCUUCUAUUACAACUAUCAAGGAAACUGUAGUUAUGUUUUAAUGCAAGAAAUUAAACCAAGGCAUAACUUAAGUAUUUACAUCGAUAAUGUUUUUUUUGAUUUCACUGAAGAUGUUUCCCGUCUUCGAUCUAUAAUUAUUUUAAAUGGAUCGCAAGUAUUCAAUUUGAGAAAUCACAAUCUUGCUGGAAAAGCAAAUUUGGAGGCACUGAAAAAUGGAGUACGUCUGAAACUACCCUAUUCACAAUAUGGUGUUACAAUCAUGGAUUUAGGAUUUGACUUGAUUUUGGAGAUCCCUUCACUAGAAGUGGUCAUUACAUUUGGAGGAACUGGCUUCAGUGUUAAUCUUCCAUAUAAAAACUUUGGCAAUAAUACCAUAGGUCAUUGUGGAACAUGUAACAAUAACCAGGCUGAUGACUGUAUGUUGCCUGGAGGUCAGCUUGCUGAAAGUUGUGAAGCAAUGGCUGACUACUGGACUCCAAAAGAUAUUGGCCAAGGCAAUUGCACUGUACCGCCUACCAAACCUACAAGUGCACCAGUACCACCACCUCUAUACAAAACAGACAUUUGUGAGCUGCUUAAUAGCAGUCUCUUUGCAGAGUGCCAUCCUAUUAUCUCGCCAAAGAAUUUCUACAAGGGUUGCAUUUUUGAUAGCAGCAAUGCUAACAAAACAGAAGUGCUGUGCACAAGUUUGCAAACUUAUGCAGCAGCCUGUGCUCGAGCUGGAGUUUGCAUUUACUGGAGGAACCACACUAAAACGGAAAAGUGGUGUGCCAUUGACUGCCCAUCAAACCAAGUUUAUCAGCCUUGUGGUCCUCCAGAUCAGCCAACCUGUGAAGACAAUUCUUAUGAACCCAACCUGAACUUCACUACUGAGGGCUGCUUUUGUCCUGAUGGAAUGAAACGUUUCAGCAGACAGUCCCACAUAUGUGUGAAAACAUGUGGAUGUCUUGAUCCUGAGGGUAAUUCGCGUGAGUUCAAUGAAAGAUUUGAGCUCAAAUGCCAGAAGUGCACCUGUGAAGAAUCCACAAAGACUGUGACUUGCAAGCCUAAGGAGUGCCCAAAACCAAACAUAGCAGAAUGCUCUGAUGAUGGAUUUGUCCUCAUCAACCAAACUGAUCCAUCAGAUCCCUGCUGUUCUACCCCUGUUUGCCAGUGUAAACCUGGCGGUUGCCCAGACAUAGAUGUGACCUGUUCAAUUGGAAAAAAGCCAGUUGUCAGUAUUCCUAAGGGAAAAUGCUGUCCAGAACUUAGAUGUGAACCUAAAAAGGUUUGUGUUCGCAAUGAGACUGAAUACCAGCCUGGUUCUUCAGUUCCUGGGUCUGUAUGUCAGGAGUGUACCUGUGAGGCUGAACAAAAUUCUACUGUAAUAAGCUGUAAGGAUCAGAAAUGUAACAAAACUUGUGACAUGGGAUAUGAAUAUGUAAAAGCUGAUUCAGAUGAGUGCUGUGGGAAGUGUGUGCAGACACACUGUGUUGUCAAUAUUAACGGAGCCAAGCAACUCUUGUCUCAAGGAGAAACCUGGUCACCAACUGAGAAUAGGUGUGAUGAGUAUACCUGUGUUAAGAAUGGUGAGAUCUUAACAACAAGCACUUCACACAAAGUCUGCCCAGUAUUCAAUGAGAGCAGCUGUCAACCUGGCACAAUUCAAACUGCAGCAAACGGCUGUUGUAAAAUUUGUGCGGAGAAGGAGAAGGCAUGCAAGUUCAUGUCCAUGAAAACCAAUAUUACACACAACAACUGUACGUCUGCCCAGGAGGUAGAUAUGCCGUAUUGUGAAGGAUCCUGCAACACUUAUACCAUGUACUCUAAAGAAGCAGCAGCUAUGCAGCAUUCUUGCUCCUGCUGUAAGGAGACACGCUUCAGCAAUCGCACUGUAGACCUGGUCUGCCCAAAUAGAGACACGGUUCCCUACACGUACAUGUAUGUGGAGGAGUGUGGUUGUACCAACACAGAGUGCACCGCAGCUGCUGGACAACAUAUUCGCAGGAAGCGAAGCUUCACACUGCUGUGA